AUGUGGUUUCCCAAGUGGAAUUUAAAAUUAGCAAAUCUGAGAAAAGCGUCAGACAUUGUCUCUAAAUUAAGUUUUUGCGGCAUUGUGUUGUGUUAUUUGGAAUCUGUUGUUUCAGUUGCGGCCUCUCGCUAUCCACAAACAAACAAAAAAUUACAAAAUCAUAAAAAUCAACAUUUAGUUUAA